AUGGCGCCCUCCAUCUCCCGCCAUCUGCCCUUCUCGCCCUCCACCACCGCGCUCCAGGCCACCACCUACCUCCUCGGCAUCUCGCUCUUCAGCAUCUCCUUCCUCGUCUUCCUCAACAGCUCUGUCUCCUUCGUCGUCACCGACCUCAUCGGCCGCAAGCACGGCGUUGGCAACAUCGUCGGUACGCUUGGCUUCGCCGACGAGCUCGUCGCCCUCAUCGCCUGCCCGGCAUGGGGUCUCGUGUCGGAUCGGCUCGGCGUUCGCUGGGUCGCCACCAUCGGGUACACCGUCAUCGCCGCCGCGCUCGCGCUCUUCGUCCAGGCUCGGAACGUCUAUCCGCAGCUGCUGCUGGCGCGCAUCCUCUUUGCCGUCGGCGCCUCUGCCGCCGCUACCAUGGUGACGGCUAUUCUGCCGUCUCUAACGAAUGACACAGGCGCCGCCAAGGAUAGCAAGCCGCCGGUGGCAAGGCUCUCGCGCAAUCCGCGUCACAGCGCCGUCUUCUCCGUAGAAUCCGAGAUCACCAUCACGCCGGAGAGGUACUCGCGCAGCUUGUCCCGCGAGCGAGACGGGUCUGCGCCCGAGACGGGGCCUACCGAAGCGAGGAAGCCAUCGGUUCUGGCCGGCUUCGUGGGCUUGUUCACCGGCUGCGGCGCCUUGCUGGCCCUGGUCCUGUUCCUCCCGCUGCCCGUCAGAUUUGGCGGCAUUGAUGGCGUUACGCCUGGUGAGGCUGUAGCAUACAGCUUCUAUGUCGUGUCAGUGGUGUCGCUUCUAGUUGCCGUGUUUGUCUUUAUUGGUCUUCGCAAUCUUCAUGGCGAGGACGGCAAGGGCUGGCGCGUGCUCCUCGGCCGUAGGAGCUGGUAUGAGAGGCAGCUGCAGCACCAAGGCCACGAGCAUGGCCAGAAAGUAGUGCCCUACGUCAGCUUGCUCAAAGAUUCUGUUCUUCUAGCCUUUAAAGACUCUAGAAUAAGCCUCGGAUACAUUGGAGGCUUCGUCGCUCGCGCGUCGACGGUGGCCAUUUCGCUCUUCAUCCCCCUCUACGUCAACACCUACUUCAUCGGCAACGGCUACUGCACCGGAUCGCCGCAUGACUCCUCGCCCGAGCUCAAGAAGGAGUGCCGCUCCGCCUACAUCCUCUCGUCCAUCCUCACCGGCGUCGCGCAGCUGAUGGGCCUCCUCUGCGCACCCGUCUUCGGCUACGUGUCGAGCCGCAAGAGCCGCGUCAACUACCCCAUCGUGAUCGCGACACUGUUCGGCAUCGUCGGGUACCUGGUUCUGCCGCAGCUGAAGAGCCCCGAGAUCAAGAACGUGGACGGCCGCGGCGGCUCGCCCGCCGUCUUCCUCGUCGUCACGCUCAUCGGCAUCAGCCAGAUCGGCAGCAUCGUGUGCAGCCUCGGCAUCCUCGGGCAGGGCGUCCUCGCCGUCGACUUGCAGCGCACCUCGCUGCGCGACGAGUCCGGCCCCUCUCUGGCCCCUGACGAGGACGAGUCCGGGGACGACCGGGGGCCGCGCAUUCGCAUCGCGGCGGAUGAAGCCGCCGGCUCGCGAGUGCGUCUGAAGGGCUCCAUCGCCGGCGUCUACUCGCUGUUCGGUGGCGCUGCAAUCUUGCUGCUUACGAAGCUGGGUGGCUUCCUGUUUGACAAGGUGAAUACGGGGGCGCCGUUUUACAUGAUGGCCGGGUUCAACGCGGUGCUGCUCGUCGCGAGUUUGUGGGUGGAUGCUGCGCGGGCCUUUGCUCGCGUGUAA